UUGCGCCGCUUCGGGCCGCAGCACGUCUGACAAAAUAGUCCCGGUCCAUUUCACCACCGGUCGACAGCUGCUGCCGCUUACGCCUCGUUAAAAAUGGGAAACUGCCAACCAACAGUCGUGCCCUAUGAGGACUUCGAUGUCAUCGCUGACAUCAAGGCCAUCCGCAAAGCUUGCAAAGGAUUCGGUACUGAUGAGCAGGCUAUUAUCGACAUCCUGGCAAACCGUUCUUCUUACCAGCGGCAGGAGAUCAAACAGGCCUAUUUUGACAAGUACGACGAUGAGUUGGUGGACGUCCUGAAGAGUGAGCUGUCGGGAAACUUUGAGAAGGCCAUCCUGGCCAUGCUGGACCCGCCGGUCAUCUACGCUGUGAAGGAGCUACGGAAGGCCAUGAAGGGAGCCGGCACGGACGAGGACGUCCUGGUGGAGAUCCUCUGCUCCGCCACCAACGCUGACAUCGCCAUGUUUAAGGAGUGCUACUUUCAGGUGCACGAGCGUGAUCUGGAGGCUGAUAUAGAAGGAGACACCAGCGGAGACGUGAGGAACCUGCUCACAGCUCUACUGCAGGGGAACCGAGACGAGAGCUACGACGUGGAUGAGGAGUUGGCCGAACAGGACGCCACUGCGCUCUUCGAGGCUGGCGAGGGCCGUUUCGGCACAGACGAGUCAACCUUCAGCUACAUCCUGGCUUCCAGGAAUUACCUGCAGCUCCAGGCCACCUUCAAGAUAUACGAGCAGCUCUCUGGGACUGAAAUCCUGGACGCCAUUGAGAGCGAGACCUCAGGGACCCUGAAGAAGUGCUACGUGGCCUUGGUCCGAGCGGCGAAGAACCCUCAGCUGUACUUCGCCAGGCGCUUGAACGACGCCAUGAAAGGCGCGGGAACCGACGAGGACACGCUCAUCCGCAUCAUCGUGUGUCGCUCUGAGUACGACUUGGAGACCAUCAAGGACAUGUACCUGGAGAAAUACGACGUGUCCCUGAAGGACGCGCUGAGGGACGAGUGCAGCGGCGACUUCAAGCGCCUCCUGCUGGCCAUCUGCCACUAAAGAUGCCGAGCGCCGAAGGACGGAGGCGGCAGGGCGACGCUGACGUCUCACACACUAACUUCUCUCAACGUGUCGUAAUGUAGGAAGCAGGAACAUAUGUUUGACCUCUCGUUCACACCUCAGACCUCACUGCCUGGUCGGUUUUCACUCGAGGACAGGACUCCACCAGCUUCAAACGUGGCGAGUGACGUGUCAGGACUUGGAAAACACUUAUUAGGUGGGGAUCAGCACAUUUAAUAUUUUUAAAUGGUUUUAACCACAGUAUUUUAUAAAGGCUCAACACACUUUAGGGCAAGCAGAGCGGAAAUGGGGCCCUGAAAGCCAGGGUCGUGUGGUCAUUGGAUUUGAGUCGAUCCUCCCUUCACACUCUUCAUUUAAGUGGACAAACCUUGAAGCCACGAGAUGGUGGAUUAGCUUUUUACACCUGCCUGAGAGAGGAGUGACAAUCCACCUCUUACAAGGUGCUGGUUCUCAACAGAUGUGUCACUUUUAUAUCAAAGAAAAAAUGGAGGCUGUAGCGCCCCCUUGAUUGUGGGGACUGCUGGGGGUCUCAUGUUCAGAGCUGAGUUUGAAUACAAACCUAGUCAGUUCUGACAAACAAUGGUCCCUCUUCAGCCACUUCUGUCUUCCGAGUCCAACCAGAAAUGUAGCUAAUCCCAGCCAUGAAAAAGCAGUUGGUGAUUUGAACAAAAAAAAAUCAUCAAAUUCUGAACUACUCAAAUUUUGUAGGUGUUUUAAUGCAAAAACAGGAUUUUCCAGACGCUUCCGAGCAACAUAGUGUUCUGCAAACAAACUUAACUAUAGUGCUAACAACACACACGAGAGAGAGAGAGAGAGUGGUCUAUGACAGAAGGGGAGAUGUGCAUGAAGGAAAUGUCAGUCCAGUUUAUGGAUUAUAUUUUUUUUAUCUAUGUUGUAGUAACAGGCUUUUGCCACUGGGUAGUGCUGUGGCGACCACUCUCCCCUCACGUUUAUUACUUUUAUUACUUCCUGCCGUAAUUUGACUAACCAGUGUAGAUGUCAUUUAUAAAACUGAUUCAUUAUCUUAUAAAAAAAUAGUCAUCACUAAUGAAUUCAGCUUCAGUUGACGUCAGUUGAGAACGUUCACACUUCAAAUUCUCGGUAAAGGUGAAGGUGGAGUUCAUCCCAGUUACCUCACUGACCCUAACCAGGCACUUUUACCGCCCAGUAAAUGGGUCCGACUGUUCUCCGCUGGAGCGGUCCGCUGUUAUGCAAUCACUCCAAGUGACUUACAAUGCCGUGCUGUCUACGAAAAGCAUGUGAUGAAGGUGUCAAACGUGUGGAAUAUGCAACGUGUCUCCCCCGCGAGUCUGCUCCGACACAGCCUUUGUUUUGUGUUCAAAACUGUCUUGAUGCCUGAAGUGAUUGGAAUGACUUGAAGAGAAACACGCCUCAUCUCCUUCAAUAUUUUUUAUUUCACGACUAACCAGUGGAAUGUCUAAUAUGUAUAUUUUUAUUUUUGAGCGGUAAUAGUAGCUGCUGCUGCUUCAGUGUUCAUGUGCUCAUGGUGUAGUGUUUCAUUAUCGUAGCCAAAGAUGUCAGCGUCUAAAUAUAC